GCCGCGGCGGCGCCAUUUCAGCGCGCCCGGCGGGAGGCAGCGAUGGGGGCCGUCGCUUGGCGCUGGGUGCUGCGCGUCGCUCGAUUCUCCGGCUGCGGCGGCGGGGCGCUGGCGGUGCUGCGGCGCCCUCCGAGCAGCGGAGCUCGCGCUGCUUCGUCGUCCGGCUCCGCGUCCUCGGGCUCCAGGGAUGAGGUUCUACAAGACAAACGCACUCGGAUCCUGUCUCGGGGGCUGCCCAAACAAAAGGCCAUAGAAGGAGUUAAGCAGGUGUUGGUCAUAGCUUCUGGCAAAGGGGGAGUUGGAAAAUCAACGACAGCAGUAAAUAUAGCCCUCGCCCUAGCAGCAAAUGAUUCGGCAAAAGAAGUUGGUUUGCUUGAUGCAGACAUAUAUGGGCCUUCAAUUCCGAAGAUGAUGAACUUAAAAGGAAACCCAGAGUUAACACCAAAAAAUCUAAUGAGGCCCCUUAAGAACUAUGGAAUCGCAUGCAUGUCUAUGGGCUUCUUGAUAGAAGAGACUGCCCCAGUUGUGUGGAGAGGACUCAUGGUCAUGUCAGCUGUUGAGAAAUUGUUGAGACAGGUUGACUGGGGUCAACUGGACUAUUUGGUAAUUGAUAUGCCACCUGGGACUGGAGAUGUACAGCUGUCAAUCUCGCAGAAUAUUCCAAUUGCAGGAGCUGUAAUCGUCUCUACUCCACAAGAUGUGGCUUUGUUGGAUGCACGCAAAGGAACUGAAAUGUUUAGAAAAGUCCAUGUACCUGUUUUAGGACUAGUUCAGAAUAUGAGUGUUUUCCAGUGUCCCAAAUGUAAACAUGAGACACACAUUUUUGGAGCAGAUGGUGUAAGAGAUCUAGCAAAAACUGUUGGAUUGGAUGUUCUAGGAGACAUUCCAUUGCAAGUUAAUAUUCGGGAGACCUGUGAUUCAGGGCAGCCUGUUGUGAUCUCACAGCCUCAAAGUGAUGCCGCUAAAGCGUAUCUGAAGAUAGCUGUAGAAAUAGUAAGACGACUGCCAGCACCUCCAGCUUGAACAGUUUGUCACAAACUUACCAAUGAAGUAAACUUUUGAUGUGACAAGUACCAGAGUCCUGCUGCUUAAUGGUGUGGACACUUUUUUUUUUUCCAAAGAGCUUCUCUAGGAGUUAAUUUAUCACAGUUUAAGUUACAAUUGUGAUAUUUACCUGUUUUCAAAUCAUUAUUUGGCCGUGCCCAAAUGGAUUCAAUAAUGCAAAAGAUGAUAGAUGAUAUUUAACUGCUGGAUUGUAACAUAUCAAGCAAGAAGGGACAAAGUACAUCUUUCAGAUAGAUGUGUCCUGUUUUAAGGUCAAGAAGGCAGCCUGUCCAGCCAAGCAGAAUGAUGAGAAGUAUGCUAAGAUGUAAGUCCUGCUUAAGAAAUGACAUUUGCAAUGCUAUAAUUUCUGUAAAUUCUGAUUCAGCUUUUCAUCUUGCUUGACUACCAAAAUGACUGUAACCUUUGCAAAACCUUCAGUAUAAAAAUUCAGUUAUGUAACUGCAGUACAUUUUUGCUCCUUAAAAAAAAAAUACACAUAUAUUAUGAUUAUAAUGUGUCAUGAACAAAUUAAUUUGUUAUUAGAUAAUGUUCAAUCAUGAAGUAAUUCAGUUUACUGGAUAAUGGAUUACAUGACCCUUAGGCUCAUUUCUUGACUGCCUUACAAUGUAAUAGCCUAGCAUGGGACACAAGGUAACUGAGGUCUUUGUGGAAAACUCCAGAGCUUGAUUUGCCAGGGUAUGUCAGGGGAAGCAAUCAAGAUAAAUUAAAUUCAUGAAUGCAUAUUUCUAAUACAGUGCAGCAACUUGGAAUUUAAGUGUAAAGAUAAAAUUUUGAAGGAGGGAAGACUUUGGUCUUCAAACUGCAUGGCCCUUUUGGUUUUGUUACCUUACUGCUUCUGUGAUAUUUAUUCUUGUGUUGUUGAUCAAGUAAAAGAAUAUGCCAUCAGGGAAUGAGUUUUUGUCUACAAUUAGAUGUUUGAGUUGGCAUUUGGGCCUUUUCAUCUAGUCAGUAGUAAGUAUAGAUAUCCUAAACACGAAUCUUAACUACACUGGGAGAUUCUCCACACUAAGGAAUUCUGUGUGCUAUUAAAUUCUGUGGGACACAGAUUCUGCCUGUAAUACAAAUAAUUAUUCAUACGUUUUUCAUUAGUUGAUUUUCCUUACUGAAGCUCUAGAAGAUGAAAAGAAAAAAAAAAAGUAUCCAUUUACAUUAGGAACGUUAAAUCGUAUGUACCCAGAAUUUACAUUGUGAGAGGGGCAUAAAUUAUGGGUUAAAGUUCAAGCUUAAUUGAAUUUGCAAGGAUGUAAAUGAUGUGCUUCAAAACUUAGUUUGCUUAUUUAGUUAUUUCAAGUCAAUCUUGACAUGUAUAGUUGAGCUGCCUCUCCUGUGCCUUCCCUCAUGAGGUCUUGUACCAGUGUUUUAUUCUUCUGUUGCGUGUUGUACUGGACCUUUAGAACUGAAACAAAUACUCAGACGCUUACAGUUGUUGACUGGAUUUCACUGAAAUAAAAGCUGGCUGAAUAUUCUGUUCUUUA